GACUACAGUUUGUUUUUUGCCCGAUCUUCCGCAAAUAAAUUUGAAAAAUUGAAAACGCAAAAAUGGAAAGCAAUUUACAAAAUAUAUAAACAAGAAAAUACAAAACUGUGUAUACUAAAUGAAAAUUAAAUUGUGCAAUUAAUACUAAAUAUUUUAGCUAUGAAAUCACAACACGUGUGUUUAAAGCGUCGCCAGCAGCGAAAUCAAAAGAUAACGAGAGUGCUUUGAAUUUCAUUCAAACAUGCUUUUUUGUUAUUUAUAAACAAAUUGAAUUGUCGUAAUCGUGUUCAAGUUGAAAUUUCGUUUUUGGAAAAGCAAAAGAUACAGCUGCUGCCUUGUGAUUUGACGCGGGAAAACCUUGCCAAUACGCCGACACUUGACUGGCAACAACAACAACAAAAACAACAAGAAUAUUAAAGGAGACAGCAAAAGGACAACACACCCACACAAACAUACACAAACUGUGUAUUAUGCCAGCAGGAAUCGAUAACUCAGUUCGAGUGCGAAUCAACAAUAUAAAUCAAGCAGAAGGCGAAGAAGAAGUCGUUGCUGUAGAAUGAAAAGCCGCACGGAAAAGGAUUACGACAGUGCGACGCCAGCGUUGCAGCAACAAAUGAACCUCGCACGCCGCGCCUGUUGGCCACGUCCAACAACAGCAUUUGCAACUGCAACAUCACAUCCGAGUCCAAGUCCAAGUCCAGUUUCCACUCUCAAUUACUGUGCAUACCCAUCAAAUGGUGCUAAACAAAUUCAACUAAACGAAUUAACAACUUGCCAGUUGGCCAAUCCAAUGAGUCGAAAUCAAAGUGACGGCAACAGCAGCCGUUCACAACAACCACAACAACAACAACCACCACCACCGAGUGAGCAACCACCAACAAGAGUUUACCACAAGCCAAGACAUCAACAGUCAAGGAGCAUGUCGCUUUUGCUUCUGCUGCUCUGCAGCUUUUGCCUGCUUCUCGCCGGCAGCGAAGCACGUCCAAAUGUCAGUGCCAGCUCCAGUUCGAGUUCGAGUUCCAGCUCCAGCACCGCCCAACCACCGGCUGCAGUCACGCAGUUAAACCUGCCACAGACAACCACGCCGUCAGUUUUGGCCACCACAGACGCCGCAUCGUCCACCAUGCCACCACAGCAGCCAGUUGCCGAGGAGCUUAAGGACCCAGAUCCUUUUGAUGUGGAGAUGGACGACGAAGAGGGGGGACACCACAAGAUGGAGCGCUAUCCGCUGUCACAAGUGGACUUUGCGCGCGUGAAGACGCCGUUUAUAAUUGGCAUUUGGAUCUUAUCGGCGAGCAUAGCCAAAAUCGGUUUCCAUAUGACACCCAAAUUGCAUCUGAUAUUUCCGGAAUCAUGUUUGCUGAUUGUGGUGGGCGUGGUCAUUGGCGUUGUGCUUUAUUUCUGCACCGAUGUCGCCGUCUCGCCGCUGACGCCCAACACAUUCUUCUUCUACAUGCUGCCACCGAUAAUCCUGGAUGCCGGCUACUUUAUGCCCAAUCGCAUGUUCUUCGAUAACCUGGGCACCAUCCUCCUCAUGGCUGUUGUGGGCACCAUCUUCAAUGUGGCCACAAUUGGUGGCUCGCUUUAUGCCUGCGGCGUGUGCGGCAUCUUUGGGGAUGAGACACCGAAGCUGCUGGAUGUAUUUCUGUUUGCCUCGCUAAUAUCCGCCGUAGAUCCGGUCGCUGUUCUGGCCGUCUUUGAGGAAAUCCAUGUCAACGAAAUCCUGUACAUUGUCGUCUUUGGCGAAUCCCUGCUAAACGAUGCCGUUACCGUUGUCAUGUAUCACAUGAUGGAGUCCUAUAAUGAGAUUGGUCUGCCGAAAAUAAACGGCCAGGACAUUGCCUACGGUGUGGGUUCCUUUUUCGUUGUCGCUCUCGGUGGCACAGCAAUUGGCAUCAUUUGGGGAUUCUUAACUGGCUUAGUUACUCGUUUUACGGAUCAUGUGCGCGUUAUAGAGCCGAUAUUCAUAUUCGUCAUGGCCUAUCUGGCUUAUCUGAAUGCGGAAAUCUUUCACAUGAGCGGCAUACUCGCCAUAACAUUCUGUGGCAUUACCAUGAAGAACUAUGUGGAAUCGAAUAUAUCACAAAAGUCACACACAACUGUUAAAUACGCAUUGAAAAUGUUAUCGAGUUCGGCUGAGACGAUCAUAUUUAUGUUCCUAGGCGUUGCCACCGUCAACAACAUGCACGUUUGGAAUACUUGGUUUGUGGUGCUCACCAUUGCCUUCUGCUCCGUAUUUCGCGUAAUUGGUGUUAUACUGCUGUCGGCGAUUGCCAAUCGCUUUCGAUUGCACAAAUUGUCGCGCGUGGAUCAGUUUGUGAUGUCUUAUGGUGGUCUGCGUGGUGCCGUCGCCUUUGCCCUCGUGCUGCUCGUCGAUGAGAGGGUGGUCAAGCAUAAAAACAUGUUUGUGACCACCACAAUAGCUGUGAUCUACUUUACUGUGUUUCUGCAAGGCAUCACCAUAAAGCCGCUUGUCAAGAUACUCAACGUGAAGCGAGCCAACAAACGCAAGCCCACAAUGAAUGAGCGUAUUCAUGAGAGGUUUAUGGAUCAUUUGAUGGCUGGCAUUGAGGAUAUUGUGGGCAAGACAGGCAACUACAAUGUUCGUGAUAAGUUUAAGCGCUUCGACAAUCGCUUUAUACGCCCCCUGUUGAUCCGAGAUUUGAAGGGCGCUGAACCGAAGAUUAUUGAGACAUACUCCAAGCUAACGAUGCGCGAUGCUAUGGAGGUGAUGCGUCGCAAUCCCUCGACAAUUGGACAGAUGACGGGCACCGAGUCAAUGAGUGCAUUGUUUAGGAAUUACACCAAUAAUUAUAUUGGCGGCAGUCCCAGCUUAACGAAUUUGGACAAUACUUGCUCCCAUAAUCUGGAUAUGGCGGAACUUGACUAUAAUCCAUCCAAAAAGGAUUUGACUGAUGCCAGGAUACAUCAUUUGUUAGCCGAAGAACUGAAGCCUUAUCGCAGGCACCGUCGUCUUAGUUAUAGCCGACACGCAGUAGAUGACAGAGAUUUGUCCACACAGGUCAAUUAUAAAAUGCAAAUGAAUUUCCGGCGAAUGUUCAACGAUCGGAAACAUCACAAGCGAAGCAAACGUGGUGCCAGCAAUAAAGAACCUAAAGAGAAUGUCAAGCAGAAUCAUGUGUCUUUCACCGAUUUCCAGCAGAACGGCACCGCAAAACAGCUGUCCAAUGGUACGAAUUCGAGUUCAAACCAUUCACGCAAAAAAUCUUACAGAAAAAGACAUACUCACAAUUCACUUAACAAAUAUCGUAGAUUAGACAUAGCCGACGAGAAUCAACAGAAUCCAAAUGAGAUCAAUGUCAUUGGACCCAAUGACGAUUGGGAUGAUGGUCUGACAUUCACGGCUAAAUCAUCACCUGACUCGGAUCGGGCCAAUAAUAACUCGUUGAUAGCGCAUAUACAAAACCUGCCCGGUUUUGAUGCAUCCAAGGCGCGCAUCGUUCAGCAUUAUGCGCCCAAACUUGAGGACGGUCCUCAGCAAGAGCUUGACUCGCCGGAUCCACCAGUUGGACCCACAGCGGCUGAAUUGAUUCUGCCCUGGCGACGGGAUCGUUCCUACCAGAGCAUUGUGGCGGAGCAUCCCAUACCCGAAGAGGAUCGCAAUCUGUCGCGUGACUCGGAUGGCGAGAGGCGUGUGGCCACGCCCACAGCCACCGAAUCACAGCUACCAUGGAAGCGACAGGGUGACGAAUGCACCGAUGCCGUGCAGCAGAAUGAAUUUCCCGCCUGGGCCUCGAACAAGGAGUAUUUGGCCUACAAUUCGCCAAGCGCCACAUUUCUAGGUGGUAUAAACAAGCCUAAACAGCCCAAGUCCGUCAUAGGUCUGUUUCGACGUGAAAGUUCCAGCUCCAAAGCUGGCAGUCUGGGCAGCGUGGAUCCCAAUUUGGAGCCCUCGUCAACGACGGCGACGAUGAUCAACAAUGCUGGCGGCAGCACGGCGCCAUCAACGUCCAUGAUGCACAAUCCGCGACUCGACAAUCGAUCGCAGUCCAUCUCAUCGGGCACCUUGGGCAGCCAUCUAGUUGGUCCCGAUGGCCACACUGGACCGUUUCCGGUCACCGCCAGCCAUCGACGCAAUGUGCGACGCGGCUCCAUGCUGGAGCUGAGCGGACUUAUUGUAACUGGACGCAGGCCCAGUAGAAUUUUGCUCUGUAGUCCAGGAGCUAAUAAUUUGCUAGAGAACACACCAACAACAACAGCAACCACAACAGCCAGAAUAACAACAACAACAACAUCAGCAACAACAAGAACAAGCACUACCAACAAUACCAAUUCAACUGCAAAUAAAUUAAGCAUAACUCCAACAACAACAACAACAACUCCAACAACAAUAACUUCGACAAGCAAUUCAACAACAACUCCAACAACAAUAGCAGAAAUUACGACAUCGAGUAACAAUUCCCCGAGCAACUCAUCAACAACGAACUACAGCUCCCCAACAUCGGAGAGUAGCGGAGCUACAUACUAUUCAAAUGACACAAUACCCGAGGAAUCGAGCUACCAGCACGGACACUCUAAGUCGCUAUGCGAGCCAGCCGAUGGCGAUGAUUGGGAAGGAGUUCCGUUGGCCACCACCGCCGGCGUCGGAGUCGGCGGCGUUGCCGCGUCAAAGAGCGAGAGGCAAAUGCACAGCGGACGAGAGCCCUUGCUGCCACGUCUAACGUCGACGCCGCGUGCCCAGAUCCGGCAUAUGAACGCUGGCGCCGUGGGCGGUGCGACGGUGGGCGUGCCCGGGUGCAAGAAUCAGGUGACAACGGCGCUGCUGGACUACGAGGAUACGGAGAGUGAGUCGGAAGACGAGGAUGAUGAUGACGAUGAAGGCGAAGACUUUGAUUUGUACGAUGAUGAGAACAUUGUGGUCACCACGUUUACGACGCCUCAAGAUCUGACCCGACGCGGGGGAGCAGCUGGCGGAGGAGGAGGAGGAGGAGGAGGAACCACGACGACGACAAGUAUUCGCCUGACCCGUAACAAUGACGAGAGCAUCAUUUGAGUGUCGAACAGCGAGGAAGGUGCCAGGGAUGGUUACGGCUUUCAAUAUGAAAUGUUUUACUGAGAUCGGCAACGAUUAGGAGGACAUACAUACUUAUACAUAUAACUAGUUCGAUCUAGUGCGAAAAAAAAAGCUGCAGAAAACAAAAACGAAAAUGUUUUCAAAAUGGUUUAAAACAAAAAGCUUUACAAGUAAUACCAAUAACAAAUUGUAUAUAUUAAGAACAAGAAGUACUAGUACGAUUAAUAAUCUUUAAAAACGUUUCCGUUUCCGUUUCCUCUUCUGCUUUCCUACAUUAAGAUUUCUCUUUUAACUUCAUUGUCGCUUUCAACUUUCGAUGAAAAGUAACUUCCAGCUUUUGUUUCCUACUUGCUGCUGGCAAUUGUUAACUAAUAUAUUUAUUGUACAUUUUAAUAGUUAAUGCUAAUGUGUUCCAGAAAAACAAAACUAACACAUGAAACUGUGUAAUAAUUAACAAAAGAUAGCCAAAGUUCAGAUUAAGUUGAUUGUCUGUGUGGUUCGUUUUUUUUAGUUUAGACAAAUUUAUUAAUGUAAUCGAUAAAAAGUAUAUAUAUGUAAUAUAAUAUUUAUUACUGUGUUGCUAACGGUACUUAGGCGCGUUUAGUUCAAUUUUAGUCGUACUUCAAUUAAACAUAAAUCCAACACAACUAAUAAAUUACAUUCGGACAGUGUAAAAAGUAAACUGAAACUAGUUAAAAGGCCGCAAAAGUCGCGCAGAGAGAAGUAUAACUAACUAAUACCUUAAAAUAAGCCAACUAAUAGUACUUACAGUGCAUAGCUAAAACGUAUUUAGCAAGAGUUAUGUAAUUUAUAAAUUAUUUUUGUAAACAUUUACGAUAGUAAAGCGAUAGUAAAGUGCGAUGAGACCACACAAGUUGAGAAUGACAGACGAAGAAUAGAAGAGUCCUUGACAAAUCUCAAGCGCAAAUAUUGUAUAGAUACAGAGUAAGCGUGAAUUUUGACUAUCCCAAUGAUAUAUAUAAGCAUGUUCAAUAUGUAGUCAAAUAUAGCAAAUAAACCACACAUACACAUACACACACACUCACACAAACAAACAAAACCAGGGCUGCAAAAUUUGCCACCCAAUUAUUGCUAGCAAAAGAAGAAAGAAAGAAGAAAAUCGCCCUCCUAACUUGAUUUUACCUUUGAAUGUGCUUAGUACCAAUAAAUACAAAAUGUCAAAUAUUUAUUGAAUUAUUUGUAACAAUUAGGUAUCUCGAUUCGUGUGUAGGUUAUCCAAGAAAUUGCCUUCUAUAUAAUUACAAGUAUAGUAUGCACCUUAACUUUGUCCAAAUGCGAUCAUUCAGUUGUGAAGCAGCUAAAAAGCGCUACCUAUUCAAGAAAGCUGUUUUAUUUUCGAGUUUACUAAUAAACAAGUCUUAUUAAAUUUAUUUAACAGAAAGACAAUAAGCAGCCUCAGGAAAUUUCAUCGUGGAAUUUCUUGUUAAUUGUCAUUUCACACUAAACCAAUAAAACAAAAACAAUAACAAAAACAUAAAUUGCGAAAAACUUGCAAAAAAAAUAAAAAUAAAAAUAGUAAAUGAAAAUAAUCAGAGCUGUGUUAUUAAUUGAGCGCGUUUUCUAUAUAAAAUUUAGCACUAUCUGUGAAAUUGGAGAAACUAAAAAGAAAAUUGUUGACAUAAGAACUUUAUAUGAAAAACGACAGCUCAUUAAAUUUGCUUGAGAGCAUAACUAAAUAAAAGAAAACUUAAAAUUGAAAAAAAUACAGCAGAACGUUUGCUAAUUUCAUACUGUAGGCCUUAAGUUGUGCAUAUUUAAAUAAAUACGAUUAACUAAAAACCUUAACAAUUGAUACCGAUAAAAACUAAUUGCGAAAAUUCACCAAAAUUAAUUAGCAAAAAGAAAAACACACCCGAAAAAAUAAAAAUUGUAAACUGUUAAACUGAUUUUAAAUAUUGUAUAAGUGAAUUUUACUAAAAAUAAAUGCAAACGAAAAUCAAA